AUGCAAGAUGCAUGCAGCGAGUCACAUAGUAUUUUAUAUAGUUUGACUGAUAUCCAGAAAAACUCGGUUUUUCGGUAGUUUGGCAAUAGUUUUCUUUUUGUCUUUCAACGAAGGAACAAUCCAUCUUAUGCCGGGAAACUUCAAAACGCUGACACACUCCAAACUCGAAGCAUGCUUCAAGGUACUAUUGGACAAUCUAUGGCGCUGCCAAAGGCUCAGAAUCAGUACGUCCUCAGUGAUGUAAUUGGACUUGAACCACUAUCCUCAUCCCAUCCAGUUGUUUAUCGAAGCUAUUCCUCUGAUCAACCUGAUCCAUCUCGCGGUACACCUGAUAACACGAGCGAUGGCGAAAACCCCGCUACUGUUCGAAGAAAGCAAAGAAGGAACAGAACAACUUUCACGAAACAGCAACUACAAGAGCUUGAGAAGGUCUUCGAGAAAAAACAUUACCCCGAUAUCGCUCUUCGCGAGGAACUUGCUGUCAAAAUCAACAUUAGCGAAGCUAGAAUCCAGGUUUGGUUUCAAAACAGACGAGCGAAGUGGCGCAAACUUCAGAAUCCAAACCAGUCUCUCUUAAAGAAGAACAGACUUCAUCAUGAUCGGCACAACGGAGGCCAACUUCCAAUCGCUCCAAGACCAGGCAUCCCUUGUGGAACACCCAACUAUUUCCUAAGCCUUCCAUCAGGAAUGCCUUCAGUCAGUGGACAUAGUAGUUAUCCAGGUCUGCUUUCUUCGUUGUCCGCUUCAGCUCAAAAUUACAUGGGCUCGCCACAACUUCCAGUCCACAAUGCUCAACUUUGGACCUGCCAAGGAGCGUAUCCUAACGAACAACCUAAAAUGGCGCUCGAAGCUCUUCGAAUUAAAGCCAAAAACCAUUCCUCGUCGAUGUCUGCCUUCGAAUUUGUUCCAAGUUAUCACUAGUGACCUUAAACACGAAGAAAUUUGCCAAACGGUACGAGAAAAAAGCCGUUUCAAAGCGGCUAAACUCAGACUUUAAACACUGGAAUCAGAGUUAAACUCCUUGCAUUCUUCUAGCCCAUUCAAAAAAUAAAAACGAAAUAAAGAGGAAGUAAUACUACUCUUUAUGCUCUUUAAUUUGUAGACUAGAGUUUGUUUCAUCAUUUUCACUCCUAAAAAAAAUCUUUGACUUCGAUUUUAAAGUUUUUUCUGGUUUAACUAAAAAAUAAACCUUAAUCUUGGUACGCUAUAUCCCUAAGGUAGAGUAUUUUUUUAAGAUAGCUUGCUAUAGCUAAGAGACGCCACUACUCGCGGCAAUGUUUGAUCAAAAGUCAUAAUUGUCCUAAGUACUUUGGUAUACACAAUAAACUUUACUGACAUGAGACAUUCGUUAAUGAACUCCAGCUAGGAACCAAUUUGUCCAAAGACCUUAAAACGAAAAACAUAUUUAGCUAUUUAAAACGUUAGAGUCAAUAUGCAUGUUGAUAAAGAAACGAAAGCCGUUUUUUUCUAGUUAGAGUUUAAAAACAAAGGUAAAAGAUUAUAAAAGUAUCACCUAAAUGAGAUUUUUCUAAAAACGGUUUCGUCAAACAUAGUAAAUUGAGACUAAAUGAGCAAAUUUCUCUUUGUAGCUUUUUACUAAAUAGACUUGAAUUGGUCGCAAAUGGUUAGAAGCUCAUUUACAAAACAAAUAGCUCGUGAACUUUAGAUUUAUUCUGUUUCAAGACGAAACGGAAAUGCUUGUACAAUCCUUUUGUUCUGUUGAAUACUUGGAGAGUUCGAGUUGUUGCUAUACGAUUCUUGCUUGUAAAUAUCCUAAAUGUAUCAGACAUUUUCUUGGUAUACA